CAUAUACUAACUCAUUCAUUUCAUUGACGAUACUAUCAGAUGUAUCGCAAAGUGAUGUGCCCACGCAUUUCACGUUUUACAUCUGGUUCAAAGUCCUGAAACAGGUCACUGACUUUUACUUUUGAUGUCAAGUCAAAGAGACAGAAAAACUGAACUACCUGAAAAGAUCACGACACAAGGACUAUGGCGAGAUACUUCCCAACCAUGAAGAUAAAAAACAUUUCAAAUGGAGAAGUGGACGACAUGUACAAUGUUCAUGGCCAUGCCCUUAAUCUCUGUAGGACGCCAAUAUUGACUUGUCUAAGAAGAAUAAUUGAUUUAAAAUCAACGUACAAAGAGGGGGAUCCAGUGCAGAUUGCAGAUUUCGGAACAGCAGACGGCCGGGCGUCUCUAACUCUCUUCAAUGAAAUGAUAGAUAUAAUACAAGCAGACCUUGGUAAAGACCAACCCAUUGUAGUGUAUCAUAAUGACCAACCAAGAAACGACUUCAAUAUCCUGAGUAGUGUUAUUCAAGGUGACGAAAACAGUUCCGGACUAGCGAUUUCCAGGAAUGUAUAUCCCGUUAUGUUAGCCAGGACUAUGUAUGAGCAGUGUCUCCCUAACGACACCCUGGACCUGUCCAUCUCCUCUAUAGCUGGGCAUUAUCUGUCUAAACAUGUCUGCCAAAUCAAGAACGGUGUGUUCAUGGGCGAGGCAGACGAAAGUGAACAAACUUUGAUGAGGGAACAAGGAAAGAGUGACUGGCGAGAUUUUGUGAUGUCAAGAGGAAGAGAACUAAAACCUGGUGGUUUUCUGAUAACUAUCAACGUGACAUCAGAUGAAGAAAAUAAUGUUGUGUCUCAGUUAGACAAAGGCAUGCAUCACUUAGGGAGUUUCGUGACCGAUAUGACAAGAGAGAGGGUCAUUACACAGGCGGAAUACCUUGCAAUCAACUUCAAUGGUCAUUACUUGAGAAAACCGGCUGAUUUUAAGGAGCCGUUCACCAGUGAGGUACUGAAGUACGAAAGCUUGGACUGGAAUUGGUGUCUGUAAAAUCAAUGAAACACUACUUGUGUCACCCGUCGUUUGGUAAAGUAAACAAAGAUACAACGGAAAGAAUAGAGUACAGCCGCCAAAUAGUAGCGUCAGUCAGAUCAUGGAUGGAUCACGUGAUACGAGGAGGACUGUCGGAUACCCGAACGGAAGACGAGAAACAGUCCAUCUUUGAUAAUUACUUGGAUAGAAUAAAGACCUAUUCAUAUUCUCAUUCUGACCACAAACCAUAUUUGAUACUAACAGAGGUUGUUAUCAUGAAAAAAAUCCUGGUCUGAACUUUACGUAAAAGAGCUAUGGUGUCAUCAUUCUCCGUUAGCGGAUUACAUUUCUGUUGGAGAAAGAUUUCAAGAUUCACAUUUAAAUGAAGAACUCAGGUGAAUAAAGAAUGCUCAUUUGUGUA